UAAUAUUUCAGUUGCGUGCGUGCAUGCCUGAGAGGUGACGGGCGUUUUGGAAGUCAGUCUGCAAUCGGAAUCAGAGUAUUAAGACUGGUGUCGCGUUCCUUUUGAGUUAUGAUUGGCCAUAGAAUUGCCUAUUUAAAUAUUUGGCUAUACCUUCUCAAGCUCAACAAGUUAUUCCGGUUGGAACAGGACUUCAUGGAUAUAAUUCAUUUAAGUGCACUUAAUUUCCUUGCAUGGUUUUAUUCAUCAAGAUUCGUCAAAAACAUGUAAAUGAAACAUAGGUUUUGUUAAUCGUAAACGAAUAGGAUGGGCUCCAAUGAUGUCGCUGUUACGGUCCAAGGAUGUCAUUGGGACUGACUGGAGAAGUGGAAGAGGAGGGGAAACGCGUCUGAAAUAGCAGAACAUUUAUCCGGGCGGGUUUGGAGACGUCACAUAUUCUGCACAUGCCCAGGUUGUCUGUUCUGUUUGUGUGUUUCCGAACUGAAUUCCGAAAAUAACCCUAAUGCUGACGCUAACAGCUUGUCUUGUUUUACGUGCCCGGACAAAGGGGAUAUUAGGCGAAUGUGGACUAAAUUGGGGGUAGCCAACCACCCAAAACUACCACCUCUCAUCCACUGUCAAGAUGAACUCUUACAGAAUACUACCAUGUGUCGAUGAGAGCAAGAAGGAGACAUAUCCUUGACAACCAGAGAGGGAGGGUCAAAGAGCGACCUGCGUCAUUAUCCCUGAGAGAGAGACCAGGAAUUAGGUGCCAAUAUGCCUGUUGUGGAAACGCUGAGGGCGGCAGUAGAAAGGAGAAGGUGGGCCUCAGGCCAGGAGAACAAGGGAGGAUGGAGACAUCUCCAUGAAGAAAAGCGAGCUGGGGAAAGGAGGAGAUAAGAGAAAGUGCGUACCUGCCAUCAUAUUUUUGGAGUGACAAAUCUAUUGUUUUUAAGUGGCAAACACCCAGAGGUGGGGUUAGGAUGCACAGAUCAGUGGAGAGGAGACAGAUCACUACAAUCUCCAUUGGAGAUUAUAAAAACUUGAGGUCAACUAUUUAAUCACCACCUUUCUCUUCCCCCAGACAGUCUUAGCUAGUAGCCUGUUAUUAGGCUCCUAGUUGAACAUUGACAGGACAUAUUGUCCCGUUUUGACAAUCUGAAAGUGACAGGUCUGAGAGUGACAGAGUGAAUCUGAGAGUGACAGGUUCUAUUGAUCUCCCUUUGCCCCCCUUCUCCCUGGUUAGGGGAUGGAUGGGGUGGCGGGAGGUGUUGGGCCCCCUGGCGGGGGUGAGGGUCGGCCGGGUCGUAGUGGAGGAGACUCUAAGAGGCGCAGUAAGGGCAGCCUGCCCUCCCCAGGGUACCGCCUCUCCCAGGCAUCGCUGGAGGGUGACAGGUCAGGGGUCGAGGGGUCCGGUUCUGGAGGGGGGCGACGGCGCCUCUCCAUCUUGAGUGCCACCAGAGACGGCCUCCCCUUCCGUUCAGCUGGAACCCCGACCACCCCUGUCCCCCUGCCCCCUCCUCCAGCCCCCUUCUCCUCCACCCAGCAGCGUUCUGUUGGCUUUUCCUCGUCACGCGCCGCCCUUGCCUCCACUUCCUCCUCCACCGGCACCGGAGUGGUCGUCGUAGCGUUGGGCCCGGAAACCACGACAACCACGGCUUGUAACACCGUGGCGGGCACGCCGGAGAUGGGGAGUCUGUCUGGGACGGGGGGCAUGGGGGGGUUUGGGAUGGGUCUAGACGGGGAGGACUACAGCUACUCCAACCAGUCCACCUUCAUCCAGAGACAGUUUGGAGCCAUGCUGCAGCCGGGGGUCAACAAGUUCAGCCUGCGCAUGUUUGGGUCCCACAAGGCCGUGGCCAUGGAGCAGGAGAGACUCAAAUCAGCAGGGGAGUGGAUCAUACACCCCUACAGCGACUUCAGGUUCUACUGGGAUCUGAUCAUGUUGUGUUUGAUGAUGGGGAACCUGAUCAUCCUGCCAGUAGGAAUCACCUUCUUUAAGGAUGAGAACACUCCUCCCUGGAUCAUCUUCAACGUGGUCUCUGAUACUCUCUUCCUGGUUGACCUGGUCCUCAACUUCAGGACCGGUAUCGUCAAGGAGGACAGCACUGAGAUACUGCUAGACCCCAAGGCUAUCCGUCAGCGCUACCUAAAGAGCUGGUUUGCGGUGGACUUUGUGUCGUCCAUCCCUGUGGACUACAUCUUCCUGAUGGUGGACUUGGAGGCCCGGCUGGACUCAGAGGUUUACAGGACGGCCAGGGCCCUCCGCAUCGUACGCUUCACCAAGAUCCUCAGCCUGCUACGCCUGCUGCGCCUGUCACGACUCAUACGCUACAUCCACCAGUGGGAGGAGAUCUUCCAUAUGACCUAUGACCUGGCUAGUGCCAUGGUGAGGAUAGUCAACCUGAUAGGCAUGAUGCUGCUGCUGUGCCACUGGGACGGAUGUCUACAGUUCCUGGUUCCCAUGCUGCAGGACUUCCCCCUGGACUGCUGGGUCUCCAAGAAUAACAUGGUGAAUGAUACGUGGGGGAUCCAGUACUCCUAUGCCCUUUUCAAGGCGAUGAGCCACAUGUUGUGUAUUGGCUACGGUGCCCAGGCUCCAGAGGGCAUGACAGACGUGUGGCUCACCAUGCUCAGUAUGAUCAUUGGUGCCACCUGCUAUGCCAUGUUCAUUGGCCAUGCCACCGCUCUCAUACAGUCCCUGGACUCCUCAAGACGACAGUACCAGGAGAAAUAUAAGCAGGUGGAGCAGUACAUGUCGUUCCAUAAGCUCCCUGCAGAUGUCCGUCAGAGGAUUCAUGAGUACUACGAGCAUCGCUUCCAGGGCAAGAUGUUUGACGAGGAGAACAUACUGGGUGAACUCAGCGAACCACUAAAGGAGGCGAUAGUUAGCUUUAACUGCCGUAGCCUGGUGGCUCACAUGCCGCUGUUUGCUAACGCGGACCCUAACUUUGUGACGGCAGUGCUGACCAAGCUUCGCUUCGAGGUGUUCCAGCCCAAUGACUUCAUCAUCCGUGAGGGCACGGUGGGACGCAAGAUGUACUUCAUUCAACACGGACGAGUCGGCAUACUCACCCGCGGAAACAAGGAGACCAAACUCAGUGACGGGUCCUACUUUGGGGAGAUCUGUUUGUUGACUCGGGGCCGGAGGACGGCGAGUGUCAGAGCGGAUACAUACUGUCGUCUCUACUCCCUCAGUGUGGACAGCUUCAACGAGGUCUUGGAGGAACACCCUAUGAUGAGGCGGGCCUUUGAGACGGUGGCCGUCGACCGGUUGGACCGCAUUGGUAGGAAGAACUCUAUCCUGAUGAGGAAGCCGUCCCAGGCGGGUUCCAUGGCGGGGGGCAGUGGUUUGGGGCGUGGGGGUCGAGGAGGAGCGGGGGCAGGGCUAGGCAUGGGAGGGCUGGGCUCCUGUGACAGCAUGCUGGUUCAGCAGACCGUUAAACACGACAGCAUGCCAGCCAUGCAGGAGGCCAUCGCUGCUGCCGCAGCAGGAAGGGGAGGGGCCACGGGAGGAAGUGGUACGGUCUCUCCUAGGCCCCACCCACUGAUCUGGGCUCCACUGAUCCACGCUCCGCUCCAGACGGCGGCCGCUACGACUAACGUGGCCAUCGCCCUCAUGCACCAGCAGCAGCAGCAACAGCAGCUUCAACAUCAGCUACAGCAGCAACAUGCGCUAGGAGGCGCUAUAUUCCUCCCCUCCAUCUCUCCAUCGUCCUCCGUCUCCUUCCCCCUCUCCCCCCCGCGGCCCCCUGUCCUGCAGCCCCUGCGCCCCUCUGUGAGUUCCCUCAUUGGGAUGAUGGGAGUAGGAGGGAUGGGGGGGCUGUCCCCUAGAGGGUUUCCUGCCUUCCCCUCCCCCUCGCCCUUCCCCAUGGUCCCCCCGGGAGGUGUGAUAUCACCCCCUGUUGCUCAAACCCCACCCACACCGGCCUCCUCUGUUUCCACGUCGCUCCAAUUAGGAAAGACCCUGCACUACAGUCUCCGCCUCCACCCGGAACACUCUUCAGUGAUGUGUGGAACCCCAGGAAUCCCCAAGGUAGGAGGGGCCACCACACCCCAUCUGUUCUACCACGUGAAUCCAACUGCAGCCACCAGUGUCAUGUCAGACACUUGCAGUUCCAUGGCUGGCCAGCAUGGGGCCAAGGAGGCGCUAUUGCGUCACGGAGGCAGCAGCAACCAGGGCCUGCCUGCACUUGGGAGGCUCACCCAGGAGGCCAGGCUCCUCUCCGCCUCGCAGCCCACCCUGCCUCAUCGAUCCUGGGCAAGCAUGCAGCCUCACCCCCCUCUCCAGCGGAAGGCCUCUGGAGGUAACCUGCUUCCAGCCUCAUUCCUGACUGGGACGCAGCUAGCCAGGGGUGGCAGUGUGGGGGUGUUGACUACUCCCCUACCAGUACAAGUCUCAGCACAACAGUUACAGAUGCGCCCCUUCAAUGCACAGAUACAAGCACAUAACCUGGGCUCUAUACAGCCCAUCCCUGAUCAUGUCUCUACACACUGCCCUGCACACACACACACAGCCACACACACACAUCCUUUCGCUGUACCUGCAGCCACACCCACAUCAGCUUCUCCCCUGGCCUCCUACACCCUCUCCUCUGCUCCCACUCCUUUCUCCCUCAUCCCAGCCCUGCCACUGACCCCUCGCCCCAAACCCACCCCUACACCCCCAUCUCGCUCCUCCUCUCCUCCCCCCUGCUCCAUCCCUCCCUCUUCCGGAACUACUCCACUCACCUCAACCCCUCGUCCCAAACCCACCCCUACACCCCCAUCUCGCUCCUCCUCUCCUCCCCCCUGCUCCAUCCCUCCCUCUUCCGGAACUACUCCACUCACCUCAACCCCUUUGUCCAAACCCAUCCCUACACCUCCCCCUCGCUCUUCUUCCCCCUCUCCCUCCUCCACUCCCCCUCCCUCCUCUGUAACCACCUCUUUCCCCCUCACCUCAACCCCUCGCCCCAAACCCAUCCCUACAACUCCCCUGUGCUCUUCUUCCCCCUCUCCCUCCUCCACUCCCCCUCCCUCCUCUGUCAGUGCCCCUCUCUCACUUCCACAAACCCAUGGGCGCAAGUCCUCUCUCGCGUCCCCCUCUCCCCCCUCCUCUUCCCUACCUUCCUCUCCCACUCUUCUUCAGAGCCCCCUAAUCAAGCCCUCCCCUACACCCCCCUCCCCUUACCCUCUAUCUGGGCCCACCCCUACCCCCUCUAAAGCCUUUACCCCUAUCCAGACUCGUACCCCUACCCCUACCCUCUCUCAACCCUCCAAUCGUCCCUCUACCCCUAUUUCUACUCCUGUUCCCAUUCAGAGCCAAACCCUAACUGCAACCCCUACCCCAGCCCCCACCCCAGCCUCCACUCCCACCCCAGCCUCCACUCCCACCCCAGCUCCAAAGCUGACCACAGCCGUAACACCUGUCCAAACCACUACCACCCUCCCACCCACUCAGUUGGUCCCAGGCCCUGCCACCUCUCUCCCUCCAACCUCUUGCCCCCCAGCCACCUCUGCCCCCUCUGCCUCCCCCAAGGGGGGCAAGAAGGACCCGUAGCUGCCUCAGACAGGGAAAGACUAAUAGGGACUGAGAGAAAAACUGCCUGACAACAUGUGAUGGUCCUGGAGGAAAUUAUCUGAUUGGAGGAUGGACUUUUCAGGACAGAUAUAAUGUGUAGAUUGUGUCACCAAACACCCCAUGCCCCAAUUAAAGUAGCACACUGUAAGGAAUAGGGUACUGCAGAUUUGAGUUCAACAAACUAUCCUCCAAACAGUCCAUGACUUGCGACUAGGUUUUAACAGUUGUUGCCAACAUGGCAUGCCAAAAUUCUAGAUUCAAACCGAGUUCGGCAGACUCUGUAUAUCUAUGGCUCUGGUGACUAGGGCAGGCUAGAGUAGAAUCACAGUUUAUAUUUGAAGUCCAAACAUAUAGAUACAUAUCUGUGUUAGUGAUUGUUGGAGCAAGCAAGAGAGAUGAAGUGGAAGAUAAUGGCAGCACACAGUGGGAGGGACGAUACAGCUGUCAGAAAAGACGAGGACGAUGAUGACAAAGAUAGCAAUGGGGCUCGUUGCAUCUUGCUGCUGAUUGGAGGAGGGUUAGUUGGUCAAUUCUAAGGCGACCAAUAAGAUAGGCACUUCCUGAUUUCCAGCUACACCUCCCUUUUACCUCUCGCUCUUCACCAAAGUGUAAUAUUUUGUCAUUAUAUGAUUAAUCAUAGUAUGAGAUUACUAAUCACUGUAAAGUUAGUCAUCAUAUUGAUCAGUAACUAUAGGAGCGAUUGAUCCACUUGUAGUUUUGUUGUCCAAGUUGUGUGGUGUUUAGCUUCGGUCCAAUAUGUUCACACAACUUCUGUAACUGAAUUGUGUGUUUUGGUGCAACACUUAAUACUGCUCCCUCGUAAACUGUGGAUGUGGGUUUAGUUGUUCCGCCUAGCUUCCUGUAAAUGCAUGCCUCUCUCUCUAUUCCCUCCUUUUCCCUCGUUCCUCACCUCCUCUGGCUACUGUCUGCUUUCAUCCUGUCUUUCAUCUCUGUCUGUCUGAUCCUCCUUUCAUCUUUCACGGAGCUUUUGUAGUUAACUACUGUUCCAGAGACAUUCACAGAUGCUCUCUACCUCUCUCCAUCUCUGACUUUUCCCUCUCUCUACUGUAGCUCUCUCUAUCAUUCCCUCCCUCCAUCCAUCCAUCCCUCCCGCUCCUUUCUUCCCUCCCUUGUCCUGGUGUCAUGUCCAGUGCUGUUUGAUGUUUUCUGUGGGUAGCAACAGAGCAUUCCUCUUUUAACCCUUGAUACCAUGUUGCCUAGAUUAUAUGUAAGGACCAAAUGUUUUAUUUGUGAUCACAGCUUUAGCUUUUGAGCAAAAUCAAUGAAAUGAUAGUUGUUGAUGAUGAUGUUAUUGAUGAUGAUGUUAUUGAUUAUGAUGAGGAUGACCAUGAUGAUGGUGACGGUAAGAAUGUUUUGGAUGAUAGCUAGAAUAAAGCACAUUUAGAAAGUCAGUUUGUCUUUGGUGCAUUGAGAAGAAGGCGAGAGAGAAAGUGUGUGUAGGUGUGCGCGUGCGCGUGUGUGUGUGUGUCCUGCCCGGUAGUCCUGAACACCUCCAGAGGUGAAGCAGACUCAUAUCCAAGGUGACGCUUGUGGAUGGG